CUGGGCGAGAGAGACAGACUGAGAGAGGUGGAUCAGAUGCAAGGUCUGCAGCUAAAAUCCCUGUUUUCCAGCAGCCCUAGCCGUGAGGGGACGGGAGAGGUUCUCCAACUGGGGCCGUGUCCUUCCACAUUAGCGACGCAGAGAGAAUCCUCCAUCUUCCCAGUUAACCUGCGCUGCUCUCCCAUCCUUCCCUCCCUCCCUUCUCCUCGCCCCUCCUCUCUCCUUCCCUCCCCGCAGCCGGCCGCAGGGACUGACAGGGAGGCUGAGCGACUGCUAUGGGCAAAGCCUGCCCCUUCCCCUAGCAGCAACGUCACAGCAUUAGCAGCAGCAGUGGCAACAACGCUGGGCUAAGAUUGCGCAGCCCCUCUGCAUUGUCAGAGAUGCAGCUAUAAGAAGCCAAAAAUGCCGAUGAAGACAUUUUUCUGACCCCCUCGGCCCACAGGCUCCCACGCGCUCCUCCGUAUCCUGGAAGAGAGCCCUGGUCGACCGGCUUGCCUGCAGCCCUAGACCCAGCUGUCAGGGGCAGGAGCCCAGCCCGGAGAGGAAGGCUUCUUGCAGAGGUACCGGGCUCUCCUGAUGAGCUGCGUCCCGUCCCCUGGGGCUCCGGGGUCAGGGUCCAGCGCCACUGAUGCCACAGGCUACGCUCUGCAGAAUGGAUAGCCCCCCUAAACUGACCGGAGAGACCCUCAUCGUCCACCACAUCCCCCUGGUUCACUGCCAGGUCCCCGACCGGCAGGGCUGCAGCGGGGGCAAGCGGGCCAACCCCUUCCGCCUGGCCGACCCCGGGGCCCCUCGCCCCAACCGGGACCCGGCGCAGGCCGACACGCUGCUCUACGGCGGCCUGCUGGGUGCUCCCGGGGGGCCCGUGGGACCCCAGGAGAGCUCCGAGCACAGGACCCCGGGUGGGAGGGCGACGGGGGCCUCCAAGAGGCACAACCCCUUCCUGCUGCGGGACAACGAGCCGGGCCUCGGCGACCCGUACGCCGAAGACCGGGCCCCCGCCUCCUUCCGCCUGCACGGGGAUGGCCCAGCCACGCUCCCGCUGCGGGAGCUGGGCCUGCCCCCCUUCCAGCUGCAGCAGCGGCCCCCCGGCCCCGCCCGGGGGAGGCCCUGGGGCUCGGCCAGCCGCACCGGGGGGGCGGAGGGGCGAGAGGAAGAGCUGCUCAGCAACGCCGAGGCCCAGAGACACCCGAACGGGAACGGGUGCCCCCGGGCCUCCGAGGCCGCGGAGCUAGACGACUGCGACUGCGCCCGCGGCCAGCGGGGCUGGGAACCGGGCCCCGACGACUCUCCGAGGGACCCCGGGGCCCCGGCCGGCCGCUCCGGCUCGGAGGCCCGGCCCGGCCGCUCGGGCAGCUCGUCCAGCCAGUCGGAGGCCACGGACCAGCCCAUGGGCUACGUCAGCGACUCGUCCUGCAACAGCUCGGACGGCGUGCUGGUCACCUUCAGCGCCCUGUACGACAAGCUGCACCGCCACUCCCGCUCCAACCUCAACGCCGCCCCGCUGUCCUGCGACUCUUCCGUCUGCAGCCAGUCCGACCCCGGCACCUUCUACCUGGACCUGCAGCCUUCCCCGACCGAGCCCGGGGCCGCGUGGGAGGCCCAGCCCCGGGACGGCGGGGGCCGGGGCCGCGACUGCCCCCGCGCCGCGUCCCCGGGCCUGGACACCAACCGCAAUGCCUACCACCCGCACCGCGAGGCGGGGGCCCCGGGGGACUCCCCCUCCUCCUCCUCCGACCUCACCGCCUGCUUCCAGAGCCAGGCCCGCCUCGUGGUGGCCACGCAGAACUACUAUAAACUCGUCACCUGCGAUCUGUCUUCCCAGUCGACGCCCAGCCCCGCGGGCUCGUCCAUCACCAGCUGCUCGGAGGAGCCCACCCGGGCCAGCCCCGGCCCGGACCCCGGCCGGCCCACCGAGUACUACCUGUUCCGGAGGCCCGAGGCCGAGCCGGAGCCGGGCCGUGAGGCCGGGGGCGAGGGCUCCCCGCGGGCCGGCGCGGGGCCCGGCGCGAUCGAGGGGCGGGUGUACGUCAACGUGUCUCCCCCCAACCUCAACAGCGGCCGGCAGCGCUCACGCAGCUACGACCGCAACCUGGCCCGCAGCCCCCCGGCUCGGCCGGGCUCCCUGGAGCGCAUGCUGAGCUGCCCGGUGCGGCUGAGCGAGGGCCACGCGGCCCUGGUGGCCCAGGCCUCCCCGGGGCCUCGGAGGGUCACCUCCUUCGCCGAGCUGGCCAAGGGUCGGAGAAAGGCCGGGGGCUCCCCGCCUCAGCGGUCCGGCGGGGACUCCUCCCUGGAAUUCUCCCCCGUCCCCGAGCGGCGGGGGGACGGUCCGGGCUACCCGGAGGAGGGGGCCCGCCGCAGCCACAGUCUGCCCCCCAUGCCCUUUGUCUACUGCCCGGACCCCAGCCGGGAGGGCUUCGGGGACGGUCCCCAGCCGCCCCGUCCCCGGGAACGGGGGCCCCCCGGCUUCGGGCCAGCCGAGCAGGCCCCCCUGGCUCUGAGGAUGGACGACGCGAGGCUCCCCUUCCCGGGGAACCCCGCGGGCGCCAGCCGCGGACAAAGGGAUGUGAGAGCCCGAGCCGACGGAGGCACGGGAGCUGAGCCCCGACCGGUGGUGCGCUACAGCAAGGAGCAGCGCCCGACCACCCUGCCCAUCCAGCCCUUCGUGUUCCAGCACCAUUUCAGCAAACAGCUGCCCAAGGGCCGGCCCCUGCCCAGCCACUUCACGUCCAGCCUCUCCCAGCUCUACGGCCUCUCCGGCAGCGGCCGGGCCCCCGCCGGCCUGUCGGCCUCCUCCGCCUGCCGGGCCUCGGCCAACUCCUCCUCCGCAGGGGAGCCGCUCGCCCGCGGGGCGGGCACCGGUCCGGCUCCAGCCCUUCGGGCGGUCGAUGGGGCCGGGUCCCUCGCCGCCGGAGGCAACGGGAAUCCGGCGCCGGAGAGCAGCCGUCCAUCGCCCCUGGGCAGCUACUCUCCCAUCCAGAGCGCCGGGCCCUUCGGCCAGAGCUCGGACUCCUCGGCCUCCUGCUCCCCGCCGCCCGAACGGGCCGGGGAUGGGCUUCCUCCCCGCAGUCGCUCCUGCCCCACGGCUGCCAACCUGCUCCCCCGUCGUGCGGUCCCCCCAUCGGGCCCCUCCCGCCACCCGGAGUCUCCCCCUUCCCGGGACCAGUCCGCACCCGCUUCGGAGGCCUCGCCGCUGCCUGGGUACCGGCUCCACAAGGCUCUGCCGCCCCUGGGCCGAACGGAGUCCCUGGGCCGGGGCGGCGGCGAGGGCAGCGGGCACCUUGGAAGCGUGGCGGCUCGGCCUACCAACGCCAACCACCUGUCCCCGCAAGCGUUGAAGUGGCGGGAGUACAGGCGGAGGAACCCCUUGGGCCUGGCGCAGGGCGCGGGGACGGCCAACUUGGCGAGCAGCCUGGACCGGACGCAGCAGGAGGCCUGGCCGGCCCGGAGGAACCCCAUCUUCGAGUUCCCCGGCUCCCUCGGUGCCGCUAGCCACCUCCACUCCCGUCUGACUGGACAGUCUGUGCGCCAGCUGCAACUGAAUCACACCGACUUCUUCCCCGACUAUUUCUCUCUGACUGAGAAACCGCCAGCCGAAUUCUGCCUGUCUCCAGAUGGCAAUACCGAAUCCAUCUCCAUUGACCUCCUGCAGAAGAAAGGGCUGGUGAAGGCCGUCAACACUGCCGUGGAUCUCAUCGUGGCCCACUUUGGGACCAGCCGAGACCCGGGAGUAAAGGCCAAACUGGGCAAUAGCUCGGUGAGCCCCAACGUGGGACACCUCAUCCUCAAGUACCUGUGCCCGGCCAUCCGGGCCGUGCUGAGCGACGGGCUCAAAGCCUACGUGCUGGACGUCAUUGUCGGUCAGCGGAGGAACCUGCCCUGGAAUGUGGUGGAGGCCUCCGCUCAGCUGGGUCCGUCCACCAGGGUCCUUCAUGGGCUUUACAGCAAGGUCAGCCAAUUCCCCGAGCUCACCAACCACUCCAUGCGCUUCAACGCUUUCAUCUUCGGCCUCCUCAAUAUCAGGUCUCUGGAGUUCUGGUUCAACCACCUGUACAACCACGAAGACAUCAUCCAGGCGCACUACCAGCCCGUCGGUUUCCUGUGCGUGGCGCACGGUGUCUGCCAGGCCCAGUUCGAGGAACUGCUGCUGCUGCUGCAGCCCCUGUCCCUGCUGCCCUUCAGCCUGGACCUGCUCUUCGAGUACCACCUGCUGCAGAGCGGCCACCGACAGCAGCAGCACAAGGAGAUGCUGCGGGUGACGCAGGGGUUGCUGCGGUCUGCCCACUCCACCCUGCAGCGCUCACGGGCCCGGGGCGUCCUUCCCAGCCCACCGCCCGCCACCGGGCACGGGGACCAGGAGGGGACGGCCCCGGGGGAGCGGGUGAAGGGGGUGGGGGCCUCCGCAGGGGAGGAGGAAGACGAGGAGGAGAAGAGGGAGGAGAAGGAAGAGGAAGCGGCGGCGGAGGCCGGGCCGGUGGGCAUAGCGGGCGAGGGGCGGGGACGGGAGCGGGACCGGCAGGCCGGCUGGUGGUACCAGCUGAUGCAGAGCUCCCAGGUCUACAUCGACGGCUCGGCGGAGGCCUCCAAGUUCAGCCGCAACGAGAAGAAGAAAAGGGGACCCACUCCGCCCCGCCCCCCCCGAGAAGGGGUGGUAGAGGGGGCCGAGGCCUGCCCGGCCCCCGAGGGCCACGGGGAGGGAAGGCCGGAGACCGUCGCCGGGGGCAAGCGGGAGGAAGAGCAGCCGCGGCAGGCGGAGGAGGUGGGCCCGGGCAGGGAGAGGAGCCGGCCCUUCUGGAUGGGGAGCCCCCCCGAUUCGGUGCUCACGGAGCUGAGGCCUAGCCAGGAGCGGGAGGGGCCCGCCGCCCCGCAGCCGGGGAGAGAGGAGGGCCCGCCAGAGCCGGGCCAGGGCUUGAGGUGGGGGCACCUGUUCGGCUCUCGCAAGGCACCGCAAGAGACCCGCACGCCCAACAGACUGCCCUCAGGCUGGCUGAGCCUGGACAGGUCCGUGUUCCAGCUGGUGGCCCAGACCGUGGCCGCCGGGACCCGGAGAGAGCCGGCGCCCGGGGGACGUGGAGAGAAGGAGCCCGCCGCGGAGUCCCCCGCCGCGGACCGAUCCUGUGAAGUUCAGGCAUUGUGUCACCACAUGGCCACGGAGCCCGGCCACCUCAGCUUCCGCAAGGGAGAGCGCCUGCGGUUGCUGGGCCCGGCCGGCGAGGACUGGCUUCGCUGCGCCCGGGGCUCCGAAAGCGGCCUAGUGCCCUUAACCCACGUGACGCCGUCCGGUGCGCACCAGGACUGAAGACGCCCCGACCACCCUCGUGGUCCCCCUCGCCCGAGACCCCCCCCCAGGCCGGACUCUGGAUCCUCGGCCGUCCUCCCCCCGCCACCGCCCCGUGCAUGCCGGAGCCACCGGGGCCUUCCUGCGUCUCAGCCGGGGCUGGGGCUGCGGAGAGCACAGGCCCGACGCGGGGCCGAACGGCCCCCCGCCCCUCCGCGCCCCCCGGCCCCGGCCCUCCCCGAGGGCCCGCCCGGCUCCCAGGGGAGGGUGCGUUCUGGGGGCUGCCCCCGCCCACGUCCCCGAGUGAGAUGUUUCCCUCCUGCUCCCUUCCUCCGCAUCUCCACUCCGCAUCAAUCCCAGGCGUCCCAUCGGCCCAGCCCAAGACACGUCUCAGUCCCCGGGGCCCCCCUCCCCUCCCCUGAUCUGCCGGCUCACGGCCCCCGGUAGCAUCCACCCUGACCUUGGGGGCCAGGCCUCGAUGCCUCCUCCCCGGGAAGAGGGCGGCGUCCCCCCCGCCCUCCCCCUCGAAGCGAAGAGGCCCAGGCGGCGUUGCGGGGGACGGGUGGAGGGCAGAGCGUCAGUAUUGGGACCCGACCCUGCUGUACAUAGGCCGCAGCCGUGCUAGCCUGGCAUCCCGAGAGGGGGCUGGACUGGGUUUAUUUAUUUAUUUAUGCGUAUUAAUAAAAAAGGUUCUCAGCGA